GAUGCUGUGUGUGUGUGUGUGUGUGUGUGUGCAGUGUGCUUUGCUUCCUCAAUGCCUUUAUAUGUGUGCACACGCAUGUGUGAGCAUUGUGCAAGGGGUGUGUGUUUGUUUGAUUGACACUUGUGGAGAAACCAACUUUGGAUUUAGGCAGCCUGAGCUUUAUCAGUGGACAAUGUAUUCUUUACUUUGAUUGUCUUCACCUAAAUGCAUAAACUGCUCAAUAGGUGAAUAAGUUAUACUUUUGGUAACAUUUUGGUUGCACUUUAUUUUACAGUACGUGUACUAACAUGUACUUACAGUGUAUUUAUCUAAGAAAGUUCAGGUAAUACAAGGUAACUACAUGGGAUAGGGUUAGGUUUAGGGGUAGGUUCAGGGUUAGUACCUAGUUAUUACAUAGUUAUUGUAAUUACUACAAUAAGUACAUAGUAUGUAGAUGAGGAACAGGACUGUAAAAUAAAGUGCUACCAACAUUUUAGAUAAUUUCCUAAAUAGUAGGUUCCAGAUAUCAGGUUCCCCCUGAUGCUUAAGUUGGUUUUUCUGCAUCUGAUGACCCCUUGCCCUGAAAUGUCACUUUUCGCUUUGUUCUUUUUUCCCUCUGUUUAGCUCUUCAGUUGCUCGAGGAAUAAUGCCUAACUCACUGUUUUACCUUUUUUUCAGCCUGCAUGAUCAGUCAAGCUUUAACAUUAUUUUAAGUUCUACUAAUGAUUGCAUUUGUAUUUGCAUUUUUAAUUUUAGGACUUUAGAUGGCAAUCACAUUUGAAACGGUGUAUUCUGAGGGAUUUUUAUGACCAGUUGUAUCUAAUUUCAUUUUUGUAAAGUAAUCAUUGGUGCAUGUUAAAACUUUUAUUAAGAUGCAUCAGUAGAUUGAUAUCAAUAAUUGGGUGUUUCUUUGUCAAAAUGAUAAAACACAACAGGAUUUGCAUUUCCUGAAUGAAAUAAUAAUGCUUGAAAGUAACAAAAGAGUAACGUUAAAGUUUUAUUUGUGUGUAAAUAAAAAUCUGCCUUCACUUAAUGAUAAUUAACACAGUUAUAUGAUUGAAUAGUUGUGAGUAAGAAGAAAUGUUGCAAGUCAUACUGCAAAUAUGAUGAUAUUAUGGUGACAUCAUUACAGUUAGGUGAAUUUUAAGUGCUAAACAUUCUACCAAUGUCAGCUAAAAAUUAUUCUAAAGUAAAAAAAAAAAAAAAGUAGAAUGCUUAAUAAGGCUGACAUUACUGAGAUUAAUAUUUUUCAAGGUUGAUAUUAUAAUUACCUAUUUCUUAGGCAACCAUUUUAGAAUUUUCCAUUAUUGAAAAAAAUAGUGUAGUAACCCAAAAAUCAUUUUAUUACCUGUAUAGAGUGACGUAUGAGUGCUACUACGUGACAGGAACAUUGGUAGUGUGAAAGUACAAGGGUUAACCAGAAUGUUUGAAUAUUAUUACUACAGCACAGCGUUGCAAGCACUAGCACAAAGUUUGAAAGCGAUGAGUUGAGAAUUGGUGAGAAGAAGUGUGAAAAAUGUCUGGGGGAAGAUAGGAUAUUUUUGGUGGAAGCAUGGUGUGUUAAAAACAAACCAUGCUUCCAAUUAGGAAAUAACUUUCACUUGAGGAUAUAGAGGACGGAUGUUGGAACAAGGUGCUGAUUUGUUGCGUGACCUCUGGGUGUACCAAAACUAAAUCAUUUGCAGGGGGUGAAAAAGACCAAAUUCCUGAAUUUCUUUAAAUGCCUCCUUAGAGGCUUUUCUAGACAAACCAAGAAAUAAAACACGUUUUCCCCUUCCCCCCUCCCUCUAUUUCACAGUAUAAAUAGUUUUCAGAGCCCUCCAUAAACAAAAAAUUGGAAUUCUCUCUCUCUGUCUCACAAAUAGGAUCCAGAAGACGAAAGGAAUACGGGAGAGUCCUGCAGGGAGCCGACCCCCUCCUCCUUACGCUCUCCUCCCCUCUUCCCCCACGUUUGUCAGAAGUAACUUUGUACUCACUGGACAGAGCAGGGCCCAUCAAUGGAGCCCAUUCACCAGAGGGACCUUUAAAGACCCCAUUAUUUCCUCCAUUCACAUGGUUUCAAUCUUGUCGAGAGGAAUUCUCCACAUAGUCUUAAGUGAAGGGAGACCCGCUCUCACCAGAACACAAGCUGUAAAACUAGCCAAACAAUACAGGAGCAGAACACAGGAGUGAAAAAAACGUUAUUAGCUGGAGAAAAAGGUGGAAAGGAGGGAGAAAACACUCUGUAAUGGGAAAUUGCAGUAGAAUUGUAUGCUAUUUAAAACUCUUGCGUGUCCCGGGGACUAAAUGGCGUACAGAUGGACAUCUGGCCCCUUUUAAGAACAUGGCUGCAAUGCUUCUUCGGAGGACCUUACGGUUGCCAGAAUUUCAGGCUCAUUUUUGAUAUUGAAUUUUUUUCCCCAGGCUGAUGUUUUGAAGUUUAAUAUCAGUAGAAGUUGUGUCAUUAUUUAAUGAAUUAAGUUUGAAAGUCUAUCUGGUGACAGUUACUCACUUCUCAGGUUGACUUCUAGAGGUCAGCACUGUUGUAAAGCUAUGGGCCAAGUGUAGCAGUCAAGAUCACUGCCUUCUGUAUGAACAGCCAACAUGAGCGUUUAUCUAGAAUGUCAUAACUCACCACGUAUGUUAUGAAGGGAAAAUCGAAUUUGCCUCAGCGUAAUACUUUGGCUGUAGCACAUUACUGAUGGAGCAUUUGGAUUGUGUGUGUGUGUGUGUGUGUGUGUGUGUCACUGACACUGAUUUUUUUUCCCAGGCAAGAGUCAAGUCAGGAAUUCAAGUAGACAUCCUUUAUCAUCAGCCAAACCAAAUCAUUUGCAACCAAAGUAACCAGACAAACGUGCUGCUGACUCCUGCUUGGAAGUAGUCUCAUAGAAACCUUGAUUAGAGUGCCUGUUGUUUGGUUUCUAAUAAUUCUGGAGGAACAUGCCGAAGUAAGAAGACAUGGCCCAAGACGUUCCCCGAGGAGGAGCUGAGGAAGCGACUGACCCCAAUGCAGUACCAUGUAACUCAGGAAAAGGGCACAGAGAGUGCUUUCACAGGAAAAUAUACAGAUAAUAAAGAGGAAGGAAUCUACCAAUGUGUCGUUUGCGGUGCCCCUCUUUUCACGUCUGACAAGAAGUUCGACUCUGGAUCAGGAUGGCCGUCCUUUUUUGAUUUGAUCAAUAAGGACUCUGUUACACUAACUGAUGACUUCUCGUACGGAAUGCACAGAGUGGAGACAACCUGCAGUCAGUGUGGUGCUCACCUGGGCCACUUUUUUGAUGAUGGACCUCGACCAACAAAGAAACGCUACUGCAUAAACUCUGCUUCUCUCAAUUUCCGGGCAAAAGACAGUCCUUCUGAGGAGGUGGAAGCAUCCGGAGGAGCAGGUCAAUCACCACCUUCUAGAGAUCAGCAUAUAAGGAAAUGUAGACACCCUGUGUGUCCUCUUUGGGUUAACUGCAGAGGUGUGCUUGGUGAGCUGCUGAAAGUCCUUCAGGUCAGGAGAGGUUAAGUCAGCCUCGCCAUCCUCUUUGGAGUGCUGUUGUUUAGAGAACAGAGUGGUUGGCCUUACUCUGAGAUUGUGGGAAAAAUUUGUCCAACGGGCCUGUCGCUGAGAGCGUUUAUGUUACCAAUGCAAUAAAGA